AUGACUGCCCUCGAGCAGGCUAUCGCCCUGUGCAAGCAGGUCGACGAGAUCUGCGAAAAAGGAAUGGAAACUCCGGAACAAUGCAUCAAGCUGUUAGAUAAACUGUCGAAAAUUCCAAUGAGCAUAAAAAUUAUCGAAGUAAUCGAUAUUAUUCGUAGAUUUUCAGAAAUAUACGUUUGUAGGAAACUAAAAUCGGAAUCAAAGUGAAUAUGAUGCGGAAGAAAGUGCCAGAUGAGGCGAUCGCCAAACGAGCCAAGAACAUUAUAAAAGUAAGUUGUUUUAUUCUUUUAUUAUUAUUGAUUUUGCCAAUUAUUGAAUUCAGGAGUGGAAGAAUAUCGUCGACGGAAAAACGAGCAAGCCAGACGACGAUGCUCCGCCGGCGAAGAAACAACGGAAGGAGAGCGUCGAAGAGCCAAAGGCCAAAAAAGAAAAGUCAGAGGUUACGUUCAAAAAGCCAGAAUCGUCGACUCGGGCCUCGAUUGUGGCCGACUUCGUGAGCGCUUCGUUCCGCCUGCUCAUCUCCAGAAGGACGAUACUCGUUUGAAAUCGGCUCAAUUGCUACUAUCUGCUCUUCGUCACGGAGAAAUGCCUCAAGGAACGCUCGAUACGGAAGAGCUGGCCGUGCAGAUCGAAGAGAAGCUCUACACCGUACGAUCCGUUAGGAUGUUGUUUUCUAAUGAGCCAUUUGAUUCCAGGUUCAUCGCGACACUAACCGCAAUUACUCUGCCGCCGUGCGCAGCCGCGUUUUCAACCUUCGCGACAAGAAGAAUCCGGCUCUCCGUGAGAACGUUCUUACUGGAGUCGUCCGUGCCGAGAAGUUCGCCACGAUGACUUCCGAGGAAAUGGCGUCUCCGGAAAUUCGUGAGAUGCGCGACAAGUUCACCAAGGAAGCCAUAAUGGAGCACCAAAUGAGUGUGCAAACAGGUAAGAUAAAUAGAAGUCGGUUCAGAAGAAAACGUUUUCGUUGCAGGAACCCCAUCGGAUAUGUUCAAGUGCGGAAAGUGCGGCAAGAAGAACUGCACCUACACCCAACUACAGACCCGCUCUUCCGACGAACCGAUGACCACAUUCGUCUUUUGUCUCGAGUGCGGAAACCGCUGGAAGUUCUGCUAA